GGCUUGGAAAAGUGGCUCCUUUGUGACAGCUCUCGCCGGAUCGGGGGCCGCUCGUUUGCAUCUCAUUAGCCGCGCGGGAGGCCGGCGGGAUAUAAGGCGGCGGGCGCCGGCGGGAGCCAGAUCCUCGGCGCGCGCCCGCGGAGAGCCGGCCCGGCCCGGGGCAGUCGCCGGAGCGCACGGGCAGCGCGGCGCUGAGCCUCCCCCGCGCCCCGGGCCCUCCGCUCCGUGCGCCUUCACUCGGAUGGCACCGGCCGGACUCCGCGGAACGACGCGCGUCCGUGCGGCGGCACCGGAGAGGAGAGUCCGCAGCGCUCCCGGGACGACCGCCGCCGCCCAGUGACCCCGGGCCGCCGCGACAGCCACCGCCCCGCCACCGGCCGCGCCCUCCGCGCGCCCUGCCGGGCCCCGGGAUUAUCGCCUCGCCGGUGGGACUUCCAGACCGCGGCUCCUGGGUCGGCCUGCGGAGGAGGCCUCUGCGGCGCCCUCGGGAGCUGGGCUGAGCACCCGGACGCCGCCGCUCUCCCGCCGCCCGCGAAGCUAACCGGGAAGCGGACGACCCUCACCUGCGCGUGCACCGGACGAAGGGGAGGAAAACCGAAAGCGGCCGGCCGGCGGCGGCGACCCGGAGCCAGCCUUCUCCUCGCGGCCCCCGGAGCUGCCGCCGGACACCCAGGGGCGGACCCAGGGAGCGCAGCCUCCGAAGGGGCUGGGGACGCACUCUGGGAGGAGGAGGCGCUGGUCCCCCGGCCCGGGGCACCCGACCCCCGGCUCCGUCCGCUGCCGCGUGCGGGGAGACCAUGGGCGGCCGGCGCGCGCUGGCGCUGGCGCUGGCCCUGGCCGUCGCCUCCGCCCUGCUGGGUCAGGUCCGGGGCUCGGGGGUGUUCGAGCUGAAGCUGCAGGAGUUCGUCAACAAGAAGGGGCUGCUGGGCAACCGCAACUGCUGCCGCGGGGGCGCGGGGCCGCCGCCGUGCGCCUGCAGGACCUUCUUCCGCGUGUGCCUCAAGCACUACCAGGCCAGCGUGUCCCCCGAGCCGCCCUGCACCUACGGCAGCGCCGUCACGCCCGUGCUGGGCGUCGACUCCUUCAGCCUGCCCGACGGCGCGGGCGCCGGGCCCGCCUUCAGCAACCCCAUCCGCUUCCCCUUCGGCUUCACCUGGCCGGGCACCUUCUCUCUGAUUAUUGAGGCUCUCCACACAGAUUCUCCUGAUGACCUCACGACAGAAAACCCAGAAAGACUCAUCAGCCGCCUGGCCACCCAGAGGCACCUGACGGUGGGCGAGGAGUGGUCCCAGGACCUGCACAGCAGCGGCCGCACGGACCUCAAGUACUCCUACCGGUUUGUGUGUGACGAGCACUACUACGGGGACGGCUGCUCAGUCUUCUGCCGUCCCCGAGAUGAUGCCUUCGGCCACUUCACCUGUGGAGAGAGAGGGGAGAAGGUCUGCAACCCUGGCUGGAAAGGCCAGUACUGCACAGAACCAAUCUGCUUGCCGGGGUGUGAUGAGCUGCAUGGGUUUUGUGACAAGCCAGGGGAGUGCAAGUGUCGAGUGGGCUGGCAGGGUCGGUACUGUGAUGAGUGCAUCCGAUACCCAGGCUGUCUCCAUGGCACCUGCCAGCAGCCCUGGCAGUGUAACUGCCAGGAAGGCUGGGGGGGCCUUUUCUGCAACCAGGACCUGAACUACUGCACGCACCAUAAGCCCUGCAAGAAUGGGGCCACCUGCACUAACACGGGGCAGGGCAGCUACACCUGCUCUUGUCGGCCUGGGUACACGGGCUCCACAUGUGAGCUGGAGGUGGACGAGUGUGAGGGCAGCCCCUGCAGAAAUGGGGGCAGCUGUACGGAUCUCGAGAACAGCUAUUCCUGUAUCUGUCCCCCUGGCUUCUAUGGCAAAGUCUGUGAGCUGAGCGCCAUGACCUGUGCAGAUGGCCCUUGCUUCAACGGGGGACGGUGCUCAGACAACCCCGAUGGGGGAUAUGCCUGCCGCUGCCCUGUAGGCUACUCUGGCUUCAACUGCGAGAAGAAAAUUGAUCGCUGCAGCCCUUCACCCUGUUCUAAUGGUGCCAAGUGUGUUGACCUCGGCGAUGCCUACCUGUGCCGCUGCCAGGCCGGCUUCUCUGGGCGGCACUGCGAUGACAACGUGGAUGACUGUGCCUCCUCCCCAUGUACCCAUGGGGGCACCUGUCGGGACGGCGUGAACGACUACUCCUGCACCUGCCCCCCCGGCUAUGCGGGCAAAAACUGCAGCGCCCCCAUCCGCAGGUGUGAGCAGGCGCCCUGCCACAAUGGGGCCACCUGCCAUGAGAGGGGCCACCGCUACGUGUGCGAGUGCGCCCAGGGCUACGGGGGCCCCAAUUGUCAAUUCCUGCUCCCGGAGCCGGCCCCCGGCCCCAUGGUGGUGGAUCUCACCGAGAAGCUGGAGGGGCAGGGCGGGCCGCUCCCCUGGGUGGCAGUGUGUGCCGGCGUCGUCCUGGUCCUCAUGCUGCUGCUGGGCUGCGCUGCUGUGGUGGUCUGCAUCCGGCUGAGGCUGCAGAAGCGCCGACCCCCCGCUGACCCCUCCCACGGGGAGACGGAGACCAUGAACAACCUGGCCAACUGCCAGCGGGAGAAAGACAUCUCGGUCAGCGUCAUCGGGGCCACGCAGAUCAAGAACACCAAUAAGAAGGCAGACUUCCAUGGGGACCACAGUGCCGACAAGAACGGCUUCAAAGCCCGUUACCCGGCAGUGGACUAUAAUCUCGUACAGGACCUCAAGGGCGACGAAACCACCAUCAGGGAUGUACACAGCAAGCAUGAUGCCAAGUGCCAGCCCCAGGGCUCCGCAGGGGAGGAGAAGGGUACCCCGACCACACUCAGGGGUGGAGAAUCAUCUGAAAGAAAAAGGCCAGACUCUGUCUAUUCUACUUCAAAAGACACCAAGUACCAGUCGGUGUACGUCAUAUCGGAAAAGGAUGAGUGUGUCAUAGCAACUGAGGUGUAAAGUGGAAGUGAUAUGGCAAAAUUCCCGUUUCUCUUAAGAUAAAUAAAAUUCCAAGGAUAUAUGCCCCCGUGAAUGCUGCUGAGAGAGGAAAGGGAGACCUCCGUGGACUGCUGCUGAGAAACUAACUCGGACCGAGCUGGUUCUCUUCCUGAAGUUAGCCAAGCGACGGCGCCGGCGCCCGGCCCGGCGGGCUCUCGCCCCAGCUGCGCCGCCUGACGACGCUCCCUUGCACUACGGACAGUUGCUUUUACAGAGAAUAUAUUUAAGUGAACGGACUGAACUGCUACGUGCGGAGCAUGCACUGCCUGGAGUGUAUAUUUCAGAUUCUGAUGAGCCAGUCUUUUCUCGGAUUAGAAACACAAACACUGCCUUUAUUGUCCCUUUUGAUACUAAAAUGUGUUUUUUCUAGACAGAAAAAAA